AUGGUCAAAUUCUACGAAUCCUCCUUCUCCUACGAUUACUCUUUUCCUGCCGUUACCCUCGCCUACUUUCUUCGUUACCCAAAUCCACAUAGCACACAUGUGCUCUCCACCGAUGUGAUAUCGCGCACCGUAUGCCCCGAAACAGGGCGUCUACGAACCCUGCGCAUCCAUCGCAAAUCCACUCGUCUACCAUCGGCAGUUCUCAAGCUCCUACCUAAAAGUGUACUGGGUAAUGUGAGAAGCGAUAGAAGCGAGUCAUACAUUUUGGAGACAUCAGAAGUGGAUAUUAAAGAAGGGUGGAUGAAGACGGAGAGUAGGAAUUUGGAUUGGACGGGUAUUUUAAGUGUGGUGGAGAAACAAAGUUUUCAGAGGACACCUGGGAAGGAAGAUAAAGAGGAGGAGUUUAGUGUUGGGCCGGGAAUGACUGGGGUGAGGACCCAAGUUAUGUUUCGAAGUCGGCUUGGGGAUCGAUUGAGGGCGAUGAGGAAGGGAGAGGAGGGGGAGGAGGAGAAGAAAGGGUGGUUGGCGAAUUGGAGUACGAAGGGAGUGCAGAGAAGUAUUGAGGCGAUCGCUAGUAGGAAGACAGAAAAUCAAUUGGGAAAGAGUAAGGAGGGAAUGAUGGUUGUAUUGGAGAGAAUGAGGAAUGGGGGUUUGGUGGCAGUGUUGGAUGGGAUGAGAAGGGAUAGGGAAUUGAUGUUUGCGGGUAUGGAGCGAUGA